GAACUUGGACUUGGACAUGAAGCUGCAUCUCUCUUUCUCUUGUAUGCUCGCUUAAUAAAUAGAGCUGUUCAUCGUGCAGCUCUCUGCGUCCUCUGCUUCUCCGUUUGUCCAGUUCCAAGACUAAUUCGCUAUGGAGUCCUUGAAGGCAUACUCUCCCUCGGAGAUCUCCCUCCACGCCUCCCAGAAAGACUGCUGGUUGUCUAUCCACGGCAAGGUCUACGAUGUGACCGGCUUUAUGGGGGAGCAUCCGGGAGGGGAGGAAGCUCUCCUUCAGGCAGCAGCCGGUGGAGACGCUUCGCAAGCGUUUGAGGAGGUGGGGCACAGCUCCACUGCCACCGCCAUGAUGAAGGAUCUUUUGAUCGGCACCGUCGAGGGUUAUUCUUCAGGGCCGCCCAAGCCGUUCUUCGGGACCAUACUGCCGCAGCAGCAGGCGAAGCCGAGCUCUUCCUCCGGAGUCUCUGCUUUCCUCCUCCCUCUUCUCGCUCUCGCCGUAGCCGUUGCUGCUUGGUAUUACUUCAACUUCCUUGCCUAGAGAUCUAAUAAAUAACUACCGUACCGUUAGCCUCGUCAUUUGUUACUGAGACCUAUAGCCAAAAAAAUUCUUCGGAAUAAAUGUUUCUGUGUUAUUUUCCCUUUUUUAAUUUGUUUCGCCGAACUGGCAUCAUGUUUGAGCGGAUUUGCUAUUCUAAAGAUUACGAAUACUAUUAGCCAUUCUUUGUCGUGGCAAUUAUCAUCAA